AUGAGACUCAUCAUCAGACCCGAUAGCAGAUCUGCAUCUGCGCAUGUUGCCCAUUACAUCUUGGAUCGUAUCAGAACCUUCGACCCAACACCCGAGAAGCCUUUCGUAUUGGGACUGCCAACCGGAAGUAGCCCCAUCCAGAUCUAUGAGAUCCUUGUCACAGAAUACAAGGCCGGUCGUAUCUCGUUCGAGAAUGUCAUCACAUUCAACAUGGACGAAUACGUUGGGCUUCCCCAAUCCCAUCCCGAAUCAUACCACAGCUUCAUGUUCCGUCACUUCUUCUCCCAUGUUGACAUUAAGCCCGAAAACGUGCACAUCUUGAAUGGUAACGCACCAGACUUGGACGCCGAGUGUGCUGCCUACGAAGACAAGAUCAAGGCUGCUGGCGGCAUUGAUCUAUUUCUCGGCGGGGUUGGUCCCGAUGGUCACAUCGCCUUCAACGAGCCAGGAUCAAGUCUUGCUUCGAGAACAAGAGUGAAGACACUAGCCAUGGAUACGAUCCGGGCUAAUGCCCGGUUCUUUGGCGGAGACUUGCAGAAGGUUCCUCAGAUGGCCUUGACUGUUGGCGUUCAAACUGUCAUGGAGGCCAGGGAGGUUGUCAUCAUCGUCAAUGGUGCAUCCAAGUCCAUUGCUCUGCAAAAGGCAAUCGAGGGCGGCGUCAACCACAUGUGGACUCUGUCAUGCCUACAACUGCACCCCUACUCCAUGAUUGUUGCAGACGAAGACGCGACAUUAGAGCUUCAGGUCAAGACAGUCAAGUAUUUCAAGAGCAUUGAGAAGGUUGGACUUGGCAAGGGAUUCGAGCAGAAGCUGCCCCUGAGACUCAGGACAGUGUCACUUGCCAGCCCCCCUCAAACGCCAGCAGACACGAAGCCGUUCUUGGACGACGAUCACCUGGUUGAGUUGACACCAGACAGCAUGUCUUCUCGCAUCUCACCUUGGCCCGUUAUCUGA